AACAGACGUGGUUACAGGGAGUGGAUUCACUUGUCGGCUCAGCUGUUCUGAAUGGAAACAAGAUUUUGGAAAUAGUCGUAAACACUGCUGGACCCGUAACACAAGAUUCGCGCUAAAUAAGGUUAUAGCAGCUUCUCAGGGGAACAAGAGAAGCCUUGUGAAUAUUUGGUGAAGCAUCAGCGGUAGCAGCGACGACACCUUGUCUCCUGAGUCUCUGGCUUGGCUUUCAUCCUUUUCAGAGUGGCAGAACAAGAUGGGGAAUGGAUUAUCAGAGCCCCAUGCCAUCUUUCCCUGCCUGCCAUCCUUUCAGGCCCUUCACAUUGUUAUUCUUGGGUUGGAUUGUGCUGGUAAGACCACCGUAUUGUACCGGCUGCGCUUCAAUGAGUUUGUGAACACAGUUCCUACCAAGGGCUUUAACGCAGAGAAGAUCAAGUUGACGCUGGGUGGGAAAGGCCAGACUGCGUCCUUUCAUUUCUGGGAUGUCGGUGGUCAGGAAAAGCUCCGGCCGCUCUGGCGGUCCUAUACGCGGUGUGCGGAUGGACUUGUGUUUGUGGUGGACUCGGUGGAUACAGAGCGCAUGGAGGAGGCCAAGACAGAGCUGCAUAAGAUCACACGACUACAGGAGAACCAGGGGGUGCCCGUGUUGGUGGUGGCCAACAAGCAGGACCUGCGCAAUGCGUUGCCUCUAUGUGAGGUGGAGCAGAUUCUGGCACUGAAUGAGCUGGGGUCCCACACGCCCUGGCACCUCCAACCUGCCUGUGCAAUAAUCGGAGAAGGUCUGCAAGAGGGUCUGGAGAGGCUUCACUCCAUGAUUGUCAAGCGGAGAAAGACGAUGAGGCAGCAGAAGAGGAAAAGAUGACUGUUUGUCGAUGGGAAUAAUAACCGAGACGUGAUGCUAGAGAGGUGCACUUUUGCCUCUGUGAUGGCUCUGCUGAUGGGCUGUGGGCCUUUGUGGCCAUUUGCUCUUGGAAUUAUUAUUUGGAUGGGCUGAGUUUUAUCAGUCAGAUGGUGAAAGACUGCAAGAGGACAGUAUUGAUUUACCACUUUGGUUAUUGGAUUGUAGCAGUGGUCGGACAGCGCAAAUGACCACAUGGAACUUUUACAUAAACACAGUGUUACACAAUGUCGUUAGGUCUGUGAUACAAUGAGUUCCCAUGAAGGACAACCCUGGACUUACGAAAUGAACUUGUAAAUGACAAAGAAGAGUUUGUCUUUGUCCAUACAUCUAAAGUGUUUCACAUAUAACUGCUUUUUAAACCACUGUAGUCAUGAAAUUGAAGUAUUGAUUACCAAAGCUGCCAUGGACUUAAAUGUUCUUAAAAAAAAUCCAAUGUAUUCAUUCAGGUGAUGUGUCUCUCCCACUGGUUUUAUCCCAGUUGGCCACCAGUCAUUUUCUCCAAGUGUUUGUCAUCUCAGUGGUCAUCGGAACAAGAAUAAGCUUUAUGGAUCACUUGUUUGGGAAUGCACAAAUGUUUGAAAUCAGAUGUCACUGAAAGGGUAUUUCAUCCACCAAUCAGACUGUAGUUCAGUUGGUGGGUGCCAAUGAAUAUGGUAAUUGUUAGAUUGGUGAAAGGUUUAAAGUUAAGGGUGUACUAUCCUUGUUCAAGUAGUCCUGUUGACAGCAUUAUGUUGGUGCAAUUGGGGUUACUGGUGUUCGUUGAAUACGGGUGUCAUUUUUAGCUCCGCCCAGAUUGUGUGCUUCCCUGAAUGACAAGAUCUGUUUAGAUGCACUUUAGCAAUUUCCUUUUCUAAUCUAUGAACUUGCAGCAUCCAUUGCUUUGUUUUGUAAAGAGUUUCUCAUACCACAGAAAAGAAGUAAUGCAUUGCUUCAAAUGAAGCGGUUUUUUUAUUUUUUUUAAAUGGUCCAUUGUUCCACAUUCAAAUGUGUCAAGCUGUCGCUCAGUGCUUGUGUUGGGGGAUGUUCAUAUUUAUUUGUCAGAAUUUGUACACUGAAUA